UGAGGGGCGUUUACGUGAACGGUGAUUGGACAGCUUCGCCCAGUCUUCGCCGAGUCUGAUUUGCUAAUGGUGGCGUCAUACGUCAUUCAACGCCGGCGAACGUCACAGAAGCAGAAAAGGACUUCCGGAGCAUUUUACAUUCACAGGAAGAAGAGGGUAACUGUUUGAAAGAUGGCGGCGCCCACGCAGAAGAAUAACAAACCGGGGAAACCUGGAGGGAAAGAGGCUCAGCCUCUCAUUAUCGCCAAAACACCGGCGGAGGAACAGCGUCUGAAACUGGAGAAGUUGAUGCGAAACCCAGAUAAGCUCGCUCCGAUCCCGGACCGACCCAAAGAAUGGAACCCGCGAGCCCCGCCGGAGUUCGUCCGGGACGUGAUGGGCUCCAGCGCGGGUGCAGGCAGCGGAGAGUUCCACGUUUAUCGCCACCUCCGCCGCAGAGAGUACCAGAGACAGGACUUUCUGGACAAGAUAUCAGAGAAGCAAACUAAGGACGAGGAGUACCUGGAGAAACUGGAGCGGAACAAAGAGGCCGCCGAAGAGAGGACAGCGAAGCGGCGGAAGAAGCGAGAGAAGAUGAAGCAGAAGAAGCUCCUGGCGAAGAAAGCUAAACGUGAAACUAAAAGCAAGAAGGAGGGAGACGACAAGAGCUCCGAGAGCGAGGAGGAGGACGAAAGCAAGGAUGAAGAUGAGGAAGAGGAAAGAGAAGCUGAGGAUGACGCAGAAGCGCCCAGCUUCAUCAUGGGGAAGAAAUGAACCCGUGAAACGUGGAAACUCCUCGCAGUUGGACACACCAGCGACACUUCAAGCCUUUGAAAAUAGAGGAGAUGAUUUGGACCCUGUGGUGAGCCCUGCAAACAGGAAGGUGGACCUGACCUGCUGCAAGGAUUAAAAACAUUGUCGCUCAUCAGCAGAGACACUUGGACUGGCUCGUUUAGCAGGCAGGAGAAUCCACCGAGGGACCGAUGUUUGAAAGAGGAAUUGUUCAGUGUAGUUAUUCAUUAUGCCUUCCAGGAUCACACCUGGAAGCCUUUGUCGUUGUUAUAUUUCAGUAUGAUUCAGGCUUAUCUGCAGGGAAAUCCAGCUUUGGUUUUAAGUUAGGAAUGUUAACAGUAUUUGGAAAUAAUCUAUUUCAAUGUGCUAAAUGUUUUGAAAUAAAACUGAAUAAUAAAAAC